CUGGCGCAUGCGCACACUGUUUACUACGCCGAGACAGAAAGUGAGACAUUAAAGCGUGCUUUAGCAGUGGCGCAUUGUUUAAUGUGUAACACUCGGGACGCGUUCAGUAAGCUCGAUUGACCUUUAUCAAGAUGUUUGGUUUCCAUAAGCCAAAGAUGUAUCGCAGUCUGAAUGGAUGCUGCAUCUGCAGGGCGAAAUCCUCCAGCUCUCGCUUCACAGACAGCAAACGCUAUGAGAGAGACUUCCAGAGCUGCUUUGGACUCUGUGAAACACGCUCUGGAGAAAUUUGUAACGCUUGCGUGCUGUUGGUGAAACGUUGGAAGAAGCUUCCGGUCGGCUCCAAAAAGAACUGGAAUCAUGUGGUGGAUGCGCGAGGUGGACCCAGCCUGAAGAUGACUGUCAAGUCUAAGAAAGUGAAGCCUCUUUCGAGAAGAAUCAGGCCAAGUCAGAUCCGCAGAGUGCAGAAUGAACUGAAAAGAAACAACUCUGAUGCUCACAGCACCACUUCCAGCGUGAGCCCUGCCCAGUCUCCCAGCUACAGCAACCAAUCAGAUGAGGGCUCUGACUCCGAGCUGGCUCCUGGCUCCACCCGCUCCCCAGUCUUCUCCUUCUUGGACCUGACCUACUGGAGAAGGCAGCGGGUGUGCUGUGGCAUCAUCUACAAGGGCCGCUUUGGAGAAGUGCUGAUCGACCCCCAUCUCUAUAAACCCUGCUGUCAGAAGAAACAAGAGCAGGUGCAUGAGCAGGAGGAAGAAGAUGAGGAGCAGGAGGAAGAGGACACGGAGCUGGAGAAAGAGGAAGGACAGGCGAGUCAGAGCAUGCUGGGGUCUCCAGUGGCACCUCCUGACUCUCCGCCUCUACCUCUCAAACCAGAGGGAGACGAUGAGGACGAGUGGUGACUCCGAUUCCCAGUGAACUGAUUGAUUGGGCAUUUUACGGAGGGUUGAGGGGUUGUGUAGUCUUCAGGCACUUGUAAAGAAGUUACUCUCCAUUUUCUACAAUCCAAGAGCAGCUGGAACUUUUUCCUCUGAGGUGGGAUGAACAACCUUACUGUGUUUGUGUGUCCUUAUUGUUCAACACUCAACGUGUUUUUGUAACUUUCCCAGUCACAAUUACUGUAUGGAUUAUUAUUUUUUCCUCCCUUGUUAUCUUUGUGUGUAGUGAGUUGCGUUUUCGUUGGACUCUGUUCCUGUUCAGUAUGCUGGAUUUCCUUACUGCAUGAUAAAGUAGAAGGUACUCGGUCAGUGGAGGAAAGUUGUUUUUAUUAUCAGGACUUGUUGGCACGACUGAGCAGUGAAGCCAUCUGGCCACCAUCUUACCACUCCCAUCGUGUGUAUUUGGUUUAUGUCUUACUGUCAUAUCCGAUCAAAUUUGCCCCAAGAAAAGUAUCUCCUGACGUUUUUUUCCCUUUCAUUACCUCCUCUUAUUUUCUCAACUUUACCCCAUUCCUUACUUAUCUUUAUAGCACUCCCCUUCACUUUUUUUUUUCUUUUCCAGUUCAGUCUCUGAUCAUUUUUUUUUUUAAACUGCUCUUUUACUAAAAUUCUUUUUAUGGAGAUUAUUUCAGUUUUUCUCUUAUACAGUGUAUCUUUCUCUUUCGUAUAGUUCUUCCUUUCUAUUUAUUAUACAAAGGCUGUACAAUACUUCCUUUCUCUUCAGGACAGUUGUUGAAACAGGAUUAUUUUCUCAUGUUAUUUGCUGUUUUCGGGCGGCACGGUGGUGUAGUGGUUAGCACUGUCACCUCACAGCAAGAAGGUUCUGGGUUUGGGCCCAGUGGCUGACGAGGGCCUUUCUGUGUGGAGUUUCCUCUGGGAAACCCAGUGUCUGUGUGGGUUUCCUCCGGGUGCUCCGGUUUCCCCCACAGUCCAAAGACAUGCAGGUUAGGUUAACUGGUGACUUUAAAUUGACCGUAGGUGUGAAUGUGAGUGUGAAUGGGUGUCUGUGUCAGCACUGUGAUGAUCUGGCGACUUGUCCAGGGUGUACCCCGCCUCUCGCCCGUAGUCAGCUGGGAUAGGCUCCAGCUUGCCUGCGACCCUGGACAGGAUAAGCGGCUACAGAUAAUGGAUGGAUUUGCCGUUUUCAUUUCAUUCUUAACAGUAUUUAUUGGUCGCAAGCUGCGUGAAUAUUGUGGCGGUGAAUCAUCUAUCCAUCCAUUAUCCAUAACCGCUUAUCCUGUGCAGGGUCGCGGGCAAGCUGGAGCCUAUCCCAGCUCACUAUACGCAGACAACAUGCAAACUCCACACAGAAAGGCCCCUGUCGGCCACUGGGCUUGAACCCAGAACCUUCUUGCUGUGAGGCGAUAAUGCUAACCACUACACCACCGUGUCGCCCUAGUAGUAAAAGAGCCAUUCAAACAAAACGAUGAGACUGAACUGGAAAAGGGGAAAAAAAAUAAGUGAAGGGGAGUGCUAUAAAGAUACGUAAGGAA